GAAAAAGUGACGAGGAAUGACCGAGUUGAUAGAAAUGAGAGGUCGGUGAAGGAGAAAACUGAAAAACACACAAGGGUUGAAAAAGUGGAUAAAGUGGAUCCACCUGCUCCUAAAGUUGCACUGAAACCCAAGCAGAAGCCCACAAAAGUGAAGGCUGAACCACCACCGAAGAAAAGGAAAAAAUGGCUAAAAGAGGUGGUAUCGUCCUCUGAUUCAGACUCCUCCCCUGACCAGCAGAGCGAAGAAGAACGUGUUCCUGUGUGGGCCGGGUAUUGAACACAAGAGCAAUGAAGGAGAUGUACCGCAGUUAUAUAGAAAUGCUGGUCAGCACUGCAUUGGACCCAGAUAUGAUUCAGGCAUUGGAAGAUACUAGUGAUGAACUUUACCUCCCACCCAUGAGAAAAAUUGAUGGCAUUGUGAAUGAACAUAAGAAGAAAGUCUUGAAGAAGUUUUCACUGAGUUCAUCUGUUCAGGAGGCACUUCACACAUUUCCACAGCUAAUUACUGAACCAGGGUCUACUGUGAGGAUGAAACCUGGAGGGGAGCCUUACAAUCGAAAAACACUCAACAAGCUAAAAAAGAAUGUAGCCAAACCACAGGAAUUCAAGGUGGAUGCUGAGAAGUCACUUUAUUACUCCUUGUACCAUUCCUUGCAUCACUACAAGUAUCACACCUUCCUACGUUGCAAGCAAGAGACCAACGCAAUAGAAGAGCAGAAUGAUGAUUUGGGGCAAGAAGAGGUUGUUCAGCAGUGCAUGAGGAACCAGCCUUGGCUCGAAAAAACUCUUCGACUCCUUCAUUGACCUACUCACGCAAGCACAGAAUAAGUGCGCGUGA